AGCGCGAGCGGACGACAGUGUACGGUCGAAGUUCAAAGCGAUAGGCCUGUUGAGGUUUGUCGUUCCCUGCAGACAGUUCUUCAAAACUAUUAAAGUGUUUUUUUAAAACAUAUUCACUGGUUUAGAGCUCAGUUUUGCCUACUGCUCUGUGGCUGAAUCAGAAUUAUAUACAGUGUUUCAAAUCUUUAUCCCGGCACGUAAGUGAGAAAUAAGAACUGGCGCGUUCUUCCCUUUACCAAGUAUAGUUUUGCCUAUGCUUAGUAUCUUGCUUGAGUAAAACGACAUGUAGUCCUACCAUUAAUUGUCCUCCCAAGUCGACAAAAACUUGGGUGAGCGUAGAUCUUUUUGCAAGGACCAUGUCUUUCGAAGAGGAGUAUGGGGGUACGCAACCCGCGCUCAGUAGAACAUAGAACGAAGUAUGCUUGAGGAAAAAAAAUAAAAACAGAUUGAAGUAAUCAAAAAAGUUAGUGUUGAUACUAAAGGCUAUGAGCCAUGCCAUCCCCACGUCGGCCUCAUGAGAGUAUAUAACAAAGCAGGUGGCCCUGAGCACACCAAGACAUCAUGAUGAACCACGCUAAAGUUUUCAAGAAGACGGCUCCGAACGGGAAGCUGACCGUGUACGUAGAGCGUCGCGAGCUGUGUAUCAAGGACGAUGGCAUCCAGGCUCUCCACGGCGUUCUCUUCGUCGACGCCAACUACGUCAAGGAAAGGAAGGUCUUCGGCCAGUUCGUCCUGACCUUCCGCUACGGCAGGGAGGACGAGGAGGUGAUGGGCCUGAGGUUCUGCAACGAAGCAUGUCUGCAGGCGGAGCAGCUGUGGCCGAGACAGAACCCUGAUGAACCUUACAAGAACCUUACACCCCUCCAGGAUACGCUGGUGAAGAGGCUGGGCGCAGGAGCCGUCCCUUUCUCCUUCACCGUCUCCUCCCUGGCGCCUCCUUCCGUGACUCUCCUGCCGGCCAGAUCCUACGCUGGAGCCCCAAUUGGUACCAACUACGAUCUGAGGGUCUUCGUUGGCGAGAACCCGGAUGAUAAGCCCCACAAGCGCUCUUCGAUCCGCAUGGGCAUGAAGCUGUAUCAGUGCGCGCCAUCUGCCGACAGGAGUCAACCCUACGCCUCCUUCUCCAAGCAACUCCUUCUCGCUGACGGACAGGUGGAAGUAGAGGCAACUUUGGAUAAAGAGGUGUAUGAGAGAGGGGAGAACAUCAACGUCAACGUGUCCGUGACCAAUCAUUCGUCGAGAAACGUGAGGAGGAUUAAGAUCCUCGCUGUUCAGUACGUCGACGUGGCUAUGUUCAGCAACGGCAAGUUCAAGAACGUGGUGGCCAUGAUCGACACGACGGAGGGUUGUCCCGUUAGCUCUGGCUCGAGCCUCAAACGCCAGUUCCAGCUGACGCCCGCGCGGGGAGCCAUCAAGAACUGGAUCGCCCUGGAGGAGUUCUACGAUCGCGAGAGUGCCCUGGCGUCGACGGUAGCGCGGGCUGACCCUCAGGAGAAGAACGUCUUCGCGAUAUACGUCAGCUAUUACAUUAAGGUCAAGCUGUUCACGAGUGCUAUCGGCGGCGAGGUCAGCGUAAAGGUGCCCUUCAAACUCAUGCGACUCCAGCCUGUUGACACCGACACUCCUACCAACGUCCUACCUGAGGCGCCAACCAAUGGGGCCGCGAUCACUACCUCCCAGUCCAUGUUUGACCUGACCUCGACUGACCAUCGUCGCGGCAGCACGAAGACGCGUAGGUCACCGCCCUCGAGGUCGACCAGCGAGGACUCCGUGAGGUGUUCCGAGAGCCACUCGACGGCCGAUGCGGAGCGCUUCCGGGCGAGUCUCCAGCUGGAAGGAAGAGGGCGCGGGCGGCUCGUCAACACCGCCAGCUGAGGCUCCUUCGGGUGAGAGAGAGCAAGGGAGAGGACUCCGAGGGUCUUCGAAGCGGUCGGAGAUUAGGAGAGAUGCAGGAUAUGUCUUGCUAACUUUGCAGGACCUCGAUCAGGCUGAGAAGGGUUCUGGUAGGGGACUUUUUCAUCUGGAGGAAAAGGACUCAGUUAGCAAGAUCUUCGUCAGGAGCGAAGGACUCUGUUGAAGGGAGCAGGACUCGGAGCUGUGUCUCCCUGGUGAGAGAGACGUGAUCCCGAUCUCAUGGUUGUGCUAUAUUAGUGACAUCCAAAUUUAUGAACGUAGAUUGAACCAAAAUACCCGUAAACAAGUGUAAAAACGUAAAAAAAUAUAUUGUGUAAAUGUGUGUAAAAGUGUCCCAAAGCGACUGCUGAGAAAUGUGUUGGUGGUGUACGUCAAAAGACGAGAGAAAAAGAAAAUGAAAAAGUACUGUGGAAUUCAGGCACGGAAAAAGGUCUUUUAUGCAAAGGGAGCUUUUAUUUCAUGGUCUCAUUUUAGAGCCGAAACAUUCUAUUCUUUUAUUUUAAGAUUUUGUUGUAGCUUUCCGUAUUUUAGUUAUAGUUGUAUCGUUAUAUGAUGGAAACUGGACAUCUCACCCGAGAACACUUGGAUCACUAAUAUAUAAAGCUAUUUACAAAAACGAGAAAGGAAAUUAAACCGAAAAUUCCGAUAUGAACAAAACAGAAACAUUUGUAGCCACACUGACACUAUGACAAUCAAUACAUUCCAUUGUUGAAUUAUGUUACUUUUUCAACGCAGCGACGUACAUUAAAUGUGUCUGAUAUUCUGUGAAAUAAAACGCCGCCAACCAAUUACGAAGAGAAACUGAGAAUGGCAUUUACUUGUGCAAUUUCAAUAUGAUACGCUCAUAUCUGGUUGAAAUUACAUUGUGCCAGAACAUAUAGAGACACACUUGAGACAGGUGUAAAUCAAAAAUAAGGGUUUUCCAGUACACUGUAUGAUGUUGUGAAGAGAUGUACAGGUUGUUGCUAUUUGUCUUUUCUCUCCUUUCCUAUUGAUAUCCUUCUUCCUAAUUCAGCCUAUGUCUCCUUCCUUUAACACCACCAUUUGCCUUGCCCUUGAGUGUAUUUACCCUUAAUACAACUUAAUGGGUCGGCUCACCUUUAAAUUACAAGCUUAACAUACGACAGAAUACGGCUGCAAAGUCAACCCACAUAGCGCAUCUUUCUCUACAGAGAAAAAAACAAUAUUGUUCUUUUUCCUCUCUCUCAAGAAAUAGAUUUAAAUAAAACUAUUUUAUUUACUGCGCUUCGCUUGGUAGUAGACAUGAAAAUCUCUAUAUUAUGAUAACGUGUAGAUUUUUCACUCUGGCUUCCUCGCUCUUCACUUAGACGAGCCGAUCUCUGAACUGCAGUCCCGUAUGCAUGGUCAACAACAGUGUGUCACAUCACGCUUAUAGCAUAUGUAAGGUGGAUUUUAAAAAGAUAUAUUUCUGAUAGAUUGCUAGAGGCUUCUUUAUAUGUUCAUUAAAUAUCUGUUUGUGUACUACAGUAUUUUAUGUCGUCGAUAAGUUAAACAUCAAUGAAGAAAUGUGAAAGCUUCCUUUUUCGUGGAAAAAAAAAAUGUUAUGGACAACAAAUAACGAAUAUCUUACAAAAACAUAUCCAAGGGCAAUAAGAAAUAAUAAGAAAUAAAAUGGAAGUUUCACUACGAUUCUGAACUGUCUUCUACUUAAUUAUAUGUCUUCCUUGCUACAAGCAAAAUAGUGAUAAAUAAGCAGACUAUGAAAUAAAGAUGAAGAACGAACAAGAGAAGUGGUAUUAAUAUAACAAAUUACAAGAAAUAUACGAAAUAUGCAUAAAUAGAAAUAAUCUGACCAGAAACAUGGUUUUCCUUUUUUUAGUUGAAUAUGCUAUGUGUGCAUACGAAGGUUAUCAUUAUUAUUAUUUCCACCUUCUUCAGUUACAACCACCUUGAAUAUUUUCAUUCGCUUGUUCUCUUCAACCAUAACAUAAACCAUCCUUAUGAUUACGAAAAAUUACAAAAAAAAUUAAAAGUUCGUAUUUAUUGCUAGAUGUGAAUGUAUUUUACCAUUCGCUGUACCUGAAGAACAAACUGUUAAGAGCUUAUCUGAAUAGCGCAAGUGUUUCCAAUACUGUCAUCGCCAGUUCCUUCGGUAAUACAUAUUUCAUUAAAGAUGUUCAAUAAGUGUACCAGGAGUAAUAAUACAAUAACAUUUUGUCUAUCAACGUAUGGAAGAGAAAAUAUGGCUAUUUUCAUGCGUCUAUUUCUAUAUAAAGUGCCUGCUGCUGAAAGAGAAAAGGAUAGAAAGACAAAAUAAUAAUAACGAUACCAUGCCUCGAUUAGUUGCAAAGUACACCUUAGUUGCAAUAUUGCAAAAUGCAGCCGCUAAUUCCCUCAGUUGUGUUUAGUAGCUGAUCCUGUUAAAAAAACCCAAGACUCUAUUGUGUAUGCAUUUAUAUUUACCUCCUGUAUUGAAAUCAGUUUCUCUCUAGUGACUCUUUGGAUUCUGCUAGGUCCACAUGCUUCUAUGAACUAAGAAUGAUAACGAAUAUAUAUUUUGAAGAAGAAGAAGAAAAAUAUAUAUGUGUAUAAACAGUGUCUUCGAGAACUAUAAUCUCAGUGCAGAGCUGAAGAGCCUCUGUCCCUGGGACGGGAACUGUAUGCUGCUGCUAAUACUUCGUAGAAUAUUGGAAUUAAUGAUAAAUACUGUGGCAUUCAAGUUAUUUUGCGAAGUAUUAUUAGGUUACCUUCCUCAUAAAGAAUGAAAAUAAACAGACGUGAAAAUUAUACAAAAAGAAGUAUCAAGAAAUGACAUAUGAAUGUCAUGCACUUGGGUUUAUUUUCCAAUAAAACAGUCAACAUGU